GUACAUAUGUUUUUAAUGAGGGAUUUCUGCCGAAAGAAGCCGUUAAAAAGAGGUGUGAUACACCUCGACAAAGUGGCUUUCCGGAAAAAGUUCCGACGAAGCAAGGAACCAGAUAAAAGUUCACAGUCGGGAUACCCAACUAAGUUCGAUAUUCAUCAUCUGAGACUAAUUAUUCAUAAAAUGAAGAUAUCGAUUCUAAUUCUUUGUUUAGUCGUGGUAUACGGAUCCUGCCGUAUCAUCGAUGAAGAAAAUGUCGAUUUGGCAGAAGAAACAGAAAAUUAUGGAAAUUACGAAUUGGAGUAUGCAAAUGCACCUUUUGAAAAAUCUUUCUCAAGGCAGCGAAGAGCCAGUUUGUUCUCACCAAUUACAUCACCGAUUAAAACGAUUACAACACCGAUUGAAACGAUUACAACACCAAUUGAAAAGAUUACAUCAUUACCCACAAAGAUGGUAUCCGCUCCAACAAAGAUGAUAUUAAAGUUACUUGGCUUAGAUAAUAGUCUUAUAGCUAAAAUUUUAAGCUUUCUAAGCUUUAUACCUCGCGCAUUCCUGGGGGAUAAAGAUGUGUGUCCCAAAAUAGAAAAGUUACCUGAUUUGCUCACGAAUAUCAUAAAACAUCCGUUCGGAACAGCCAAAACCAUAGUAUGUUACGUGUUUCAAAUAAUUGGCGUCCCAGGCCGUGCAUUACUACGAAUAGCUUUUCCAUUAAUGUCGAGAUUCUUUUGGAGGACUCUCUUACCAGUAUUCCAUAGAAUCGUGAAUAUGAUAAACAAUACUGUUUCGUUACCUCCUAGUCUUAAGGCCAUGGUUGUCUCGUUUAAUAUGAUGUAUAAACUCUUCCAAGUAAUGGGAAAGGUUCCUUAAAUUUGAUUUCUCAUUCUUAAAAGCAAGUUAUAAAUUUCGAAUUUAAUAAAAUAUUUUUUAUUAAAUUAUACUUGGAUCUCCUUAUCUUGAUUAUCUUAUGACUUGUCAGUUCAAAGCAAUAUUAAAUCUUUGUCACGUCAUUUUGAAUAAUACGAAAAUAUAUAGUAAAAAAGAAAAUUACUCAACAAGUUUGUUAAAACGCUAAAAAUUCUUAUGUGAAAUCAAUGUUAGACAAAUUUGAUAAAAAUAUUAAUUGUAUAUGAAUAAUUUAAACAACAUGAAUAACAUAUUUGCGCAAUUCAUAUUUUGUCGUAUGUUUGAUUGUGAAUGAUAUUACGCUAAAUUAUUUGUUUCGAUAAUCUUAUAUGCUAAGAAAAAUCAGGAUAAAAAUAAACAAUAAAGUAAUUGUAUUA